AUGUCAUCUGGUAACACCAUGUCAUCUGGUAACGCCAUGUCACCUGGUAACACCAUGUCAUCUGUCAUCUGUGGUAAACCACCUCCCAGCCACUCUCCUCCCAGUGGUAAACCACCUCCCAGCCGGUCUCCUCCCAGUGGUAAACCACCUCCCAGCCACUCUCCUCCCAGUGGUAAACCACCUCCCAGCCGGUCUCCUCCCAGUGGUAAACCACCUCCCAGCCGUAGUAAACCACCUCCCAGCCACUCUCCUCCCAGUGGUAAACCACCUCCCAGCCGGUCUCCUCCCAGUGGUAAACCACCUCCCAGCCGGUCUCCUCCCAGUGGUAAACCACCUCCCAGCCACUCUCCUCCCAGUGGUAAACCACCUCCCAGCCACUCUCCUCCCAGUGGUAAACCACCUCCCAGCCGGUCUCCUCCCAGUGGUAAACCACCUCCCAGCCGGUCUCCUCCCAGUGGUAAACCACCUCCCAGCCGCUCUCCUCCCAGUGGUAAACCACCUCCCAGCCACUCUCCUCCCAGUGGUAAACCACCUCCCAGCCUCUCUCCUCCCAGUGGUAAACCACCUUCCAGCCUCUCUCCUCCCAGUAGUAAACCACCUUCCAGCCACUCUCCUCCCAGUGUUAAACCACCUCCCAGCCUCUCUCCUCCCAGUGUUAAACCACCUCCCAGCCGCUCUCCUCCCAGUGGUAAACCACCUCCCAGCCGCUCUCCUCCCAGUGGUAAACCACCUCCCAGCCGCUCUCCUCCCAGUAGUAAACCACCUCCCAGCCGCUCUCCUCCCAGUAGUAAACCACCUCCCAGCCGCUCUCCUCCCAGUAGUAAACCACCUCCCAGCCACUCUCCUCCCAGUGGUAAACCACCUCCCAGCCACUCUCCUCUCAGUGGUAAACCACCUCCCAGCCACUCUCCUCCCAGUGGUAAACCACCUCCCAGCCACUCUCCUCCCAGUAGUAAACCACCUCCCAGCCGCUCUCCUCCCAGUAGUAAACCACCUCCCAGCCACUCUCCUCCUAGUAGUAAACCACCUCCCAGCCACUCUCCUCCCAGUGGUAAACCACCUCCCAGCCACUCUCCUCCCAGUUGUAAACCACCUCCCAGCCGGUCUCCUCCCAGUGGUAAACCACCUCCCAGCCGCUCUCCUCCCAGUGGUAAACCACCUCCCAGCCACUCUCCUCCCAGUGGUAAACCACCUCCCAGCCACUCUCCUCCCAGUAGUAAACCACCUCCCAGCCGGUCUCCUCCCAGUGGUAAACCACCUCCCAGCCGCUCUCCUCCCAGUGGUAAACCACCUCCCAGCCACUCUCCUCCCAGUGGUAAACCACCUCCCAGCCACUCUCCUCCUAGUAGUAAACCACCUCCCAGCCACUCUCCUCCUAGUAGUAAACCACCUCCCAGCCACUCUCCUCCCAGUGGUAAACCACCUCCCAGCUACUCUCCUCUCAGUGGUAAACCACCUCCCAGCCGCUCUCCUCCCAGUAGUAAACCACCUCCCAGCCGCUCUCCUCCCAGUGGUAAACCACCUCCCAGCUACUCUCCUCCCAGUGGUAAACCACCUCCCAGCCACUCUCCUCCCAGUGGUAAACCACCUCCCAGCCACUCUCCUCCCAGUAGUAAACCACCUCCCAGCCGCUCUCCUCCCAGUAGUAAACCACCUCCCAGCCGCUCUCCUCCCAGUGGUAAACCACCUCCCAGCCGGUCUCCUCCCAGUGGUAAACCACCUCCCAGCCGCUCUCCUCCCAGUGGUAAACCACCUCCCAGCCACUCUCCUCCCAGUGGUAAACCACCUCCCAGCCACUCUCCUCCCAGUAGUAAACCACCUCCCAGCCGGUCUCCUCCCAGUGGUAAACCACCUCCCAGCCGCUCUCCUCCCAGUGGUAAACCACCUCCCAGCCACUCUCCUCCUAGUAGUAAACCACCUCCCAGCCACUCUCCUCCUAGUAGUAAACCACCUCCCAGCCACUCUCCUCCCAGUGGUAAACCACCUCCCAGCUACUCUCCUCCCAGUGGUAAACCACCUCCCAGCCGCUCUCCUCCCAGUAGUAAACCACCUCCCAGCCGCUCUCCUCCCAGUGGUAAACCACCUCCCAGCUACUCUCCUCCCAGUGGUAAACCACCUCCCAGCCACUCUCCUCCCAGUGGUAAACCACCUCCCAGCCACUCUCCUCCCAGUAGUAAACCACCUCCCAGCCGCUCUCCUCCCAGUAGUAAACCACCUCCCAGCCGCUCUCCUCCCAGUGGUAAACCACCUCCCAGCCGCUCUCCUCCCAGUGGUAAACCACCUCCCAGCUACUCUCCUCCCAGUUGUAAACCACCUCAUCUGAAGCAAUACAGUCUUAGCUAUAUCCUGAGUGGUGCAGAUGAAUGGAUGUAG